AUGCCCCCUGCAAACAGCUCAUCAAGUUCCGGCGGAGCUCCUCCCGGCUCCGUGAGCCUGGCCUUCCUCUCCGCACCGCAACUCCGCGCCCUCCAAACCCGCCUGACCUCCGAACUCGAACACUUGACGUCGUCGCACGCUAAGCUGCGCGCCGCGCAGUCAAAGUUCCGCGACUGUGUGCGCUCGAUCAAUGACGGUGUGACCGGGUCUGAGAAGAAAGGCACCAAGGGCCGCGACGAGAUCCUGGUGCCGUUGACCAGCUCGUUGUAUGUCAAGGGGAGAUUGACGGAUCGGGAGAAGGUGCUGGUGGAUGUGGGCACAGGGUUCUAUGUUGAAAAGACGCCGGCAAAAGCGAUCAGUUUCUAUGAGGACAAAAUCAAGGGUCUGGACUCGAAUCUGCAGGAGCUGGAGAAGAUCGUGCAGGGCAAGAGUUCGCAGUUGCGCGUGAUCGAGGAGGCUCUCCGACAGAAGAUGCUUAGCGGUGACGGUGUGCCGUCCCAGGCGGCUGCUGCCGGUGCAGGAUAA